GGCUUUUUGAGCUCAUAUUAUUUUCUCGCCAAAAAAUUCUCUCCAAUUUUCUCGGGAAACAAACGUCUCCCACUUCAUUUUCACUUUCAGAGCACGAUCAAGAGCGCAAUAGAGCGAUCGGUUUGAGAAAAUCACUCAAUUCAGAAUUCUCUCUCGCUGUGAUCGAACGUAGGCAUGGCGCAUUUCUCGGCGAGAUUGAAGCUUCUCUCUAGCAGCGAAGGUAUGUCUUUUGGGUUCGAUUCGAAAGACCCAUUUCGCCUGAGUCUUCACGCUGCUUCCUACGGCGCCGGUGGGUCCCUGUCGGUUCGUCUCCGGAGGAGCAGAUUGAGGUUUAGCGAGUUCAGAACGAGGGUUUACUCUUCUUCUUCCUCGAGGAAGAAAUCUAGGGAUUUGGAUAAGGUUGAGAAGAAUCUUGGUUCAAACGAAGUAGACGAUGAUGGUGAUGAUGUUCUUUUUGAUGGAGAUGAUGAUGGGUUUGAGACAGAUGAACUAGCUUGCUUUAGAGGCUUGGUUCUCGAUAUAUCUUACAGGCCUGUCAAUGUUGUAUGCUGGAAACGUGCUAUCUGUCUGGAGUUCAUGGAGAAGGCCGAUGUUCUAGAGUAUUAUGAUCAAGCAGUAAAUUCUCCCAGCGGUUCAUACUAUAUUCCGGCUGUAUUAAGGGUUCCACAUCUGCUUCAGGUUGUGAAAAGGAGAAGAGUUAAAAACUCCCUUAGUCGUAAAAAUAUAUUACUACGAGAUGAUUACACUUGUCAGUAUUGUUCUACUCGUGAAAACUUGACCAUUGAUCACGUUCUCCCGAUUUCUCGAGGUGGAGAAUGGAAGUGGGAAAAUCUGGUAGCUGCUUGCUCAAGAUGCAACUCGAGGAAAGGUCAAAUGACGCUAGACGAGGCAAACAUGAAGAUAAUCAAAGUCCCAAAGGCACCAAAAGACUACGAUAUUCUUGCGAUACCGUUAACGAAUGCAGCGAUAGGGAUGCUGAGAUCGAAAAAGGGGAUGCCGGAAGAAUGGCGUCAGUAUUUAGCAAAGCCCUCAUCCGAACCUUAGCAGCACUUCUUUCCUGAGCGCUGGGAUGGAUGGAUGGAUGGACGGUUCAGAAGACUCGUAAAUACGCAAGCUUGGCUCUGAUUUCGCUAAAUCUAAAGCUCUGUAGAACCGCCAUUAUAGUCUAACUUUCGAACUGUCCACAUUUAUCAUGGACUAGUAUGCAGUCAGAUGUAUAUAAACACGUUAAAAUCUUUGUAUUAAACCUGAAACUCAGAGCCUUGUAUCAACCAUUGACAAA